GCAAACAGAACUCAAACUGAACCAAGAAAAACUGUACCAAAAACGCAAACUCCACAAAAUCUACAAAAUAAACCAGAACCUAUUCACAAGUCAAGUUACAACUCUAACCAAGCUCAAAGGAAGAAAAAGAAGCAGAUUCGCCCUCUGCUCAAAAGUGGAACUCUUCAAGCCCGAAGGCAAGAACUUUCAGCUCACACUGCUCAUCUGGGGAUCAGGGACGUAAAACACACUGUGAAAUCAAAACCAACGUGACCACAAAGAAAAAAACUGCUGCAAUUCUGAAAAAAGAACAAAAAACAUAGUCAGCAUGGCUGCAAGUCCUCAGUGGAAGAAUUUCCAACCGCCAGUCGCCGAUCCAGCCAUCUUGUCAUUCCAACGCUCACCAGGGGUCUCUACCAGUCCUAUCAUCCAGCCUCCUGGUGGUGGAAAUACUGGAAUUCGUGAAACAGGAAUCGUAGAAAAACUUCUGCAUUCCUAUGGUUUCAUCCAGUGCUGUGAUCGUGAAGCGAGACUUUUCUUUCACUUCACAGAAUUUGCUGGUGACCUAGAUACUACUAAUGUUGGAGAUCCAGUAGAGUUCCAGAUGUCAUAUGACAGAAGGACAGGGAAACCUAUCGCGAUCUCCGUAGUCAAGAUGGAGGGAAGUGAUGUCACAGUCGAGAUACUUAGUGACGAACGUGUCAAAGGAACAAUCUUGUCUGAAGCUAGACAAGGAAAUAAGCUACCAAAUGGUCUCUCUGAUGGUAUGGGCCGAGUGAGUUAUGAACAAAGUGGAGAGACAUUCUUCUUGCCCUAUGGUAUAGAGGACCUGGAGGAUGGAUGUAAGAUCAAACCAGGAGAUGAGUGCACAAUGUUUGUCUCCACUGAUAAAAGAAAUGGAACCAUUCGGGCCAGAAAAGUCCAGAGUGCUGCCCCACCUCCUGUUGAAACACUAGAGGGCGUUGUCUGCUCCAUGAAGGACAAAUUCGGGUUCAUUGAACGUGCAGAUGCCGUCAAGGAGAUAUUUUUCCACUACAGUGAAUACAAGGAAGAUAUAAACAACCUGAGUCUUGGGGAUGAUGUGGAGUUUAAAAUACAAUGCAGAAAUGGCAAGGAGGUUGCAGUUGAGAUUAAGCCAUUGCCAGAAGGGACUGUUAUAUUUGAAGAUAUCAGUGUUGAGAGGUUGAAAGGGAAAAUCCAGAAAACAUUAAAAAGUAGCCAGGGACGUAGAACCAGCGAAACUUUCCCAGGAAGAAUUGUAUAUGAGUCUAAAAAUCAACAAACAGAGAUCCCAUAUGGGGACAAGGAUCAAACUGGUGACUAUACACUUCAACCUGGAGAUAUUGUAGCAUUUAACAUUGCUACUGACAGGAGGGACAAACUACAGAGAGCAACCAACAUUGAUCUGCUUGAAGAAAGCUUCACUGUUCAAAAUGAGGAGAGAGAAACUGGAGUUGUGGCCGCUGUUAAGGAUGGCUAUGGGUUCAUCAAGUGCGCUGAUAGAGAUGCCAGGAUGUUCUUCCACUUUAGUGAGAUGUUAAACACCAAGAAGCCACCAGCUGUCCAAGAUGAAGUGGAAUUUACUGUAGUGCAGGACCCCACAAGCGCUAACCGACAGAUAGCACUACGCAUGAAGCUGUUGCCUAAAGGUGCUGUCACCUUCCAGACUGUUGGGAAGGAUAAGUUUAUUGGUACUGUUGAGAAGGAGCCCAAUGGACACAGAAGCCCAGCAAAGACAGGGAAGGAUGAAAUAGGCUCAAUUAGCUGUGAGAUCAAAGGGGUUAAGCACUCCAUCACCUACCAGACAAAGGACGUAACGGACAUACGCAAUAUACCCAAAUAUGGAGAUCGGGUCGAAUUCCAAAUUCAAGAAGUAAAACGUAACAACACAAAAACUGCUGUUAACAUUAAGGUGCUAAGUCGUAACUCGGGUGGCGUCCAACGUGGAUUCAUCGCCACUCUGAAGGAUAAUUUCGGAUUUAUUGAAACGGCUGCCCAUGACAAAGAGGUCUUUUUUCACUUUAGUGCUUUCGAAGGAGAAUGCAAUGACCUUGACCUUGGAGAUGAAGUUGAGUACACACUUGCCAAGAAAACUGCCAAAGUCAGUGCUGAAAGUAUCAAGAAACUGCCAAAAGGCACAGUUGCCCCAGAGGAGCUGCAACAUGGCACCAUGGAGGGCAAGAUUGUUAGAUGCAUGAGGAUCAUCAAUCCUGAUCAGGAUGAAUACCCUGGCCUGGUGCAGGCCGGUGAUAUGCUUUUACCUUAUGGUAUCACUAGUCUAGCAGAUAAGAAAGAUUUCCUCCAAACAGGCGAUAAAGUGCGCUUCCAGAUUGCUAUAGUCAAGGCAACCAAUCAAAAACGUGCAACAAACAUUGCUGCCAUUCGAAAGUUUAUAAGAGCUAAAGUGGACUCUAUUAAGGGACAAUAUGGAUUCCUUACAUACGAGGCUGAAGGGGGAAAACGACUUUUCUUCCACAUGUCUGAGGUCCAUGAUGAUAAUGAGAUACAAACUGGUGACGAAGUGGAGUUUGUUGUUGUGCAGAAUCAGCGUAAUGGCAAAUAUUCCGCAGUUAGCCUCAGAAAAAUAAGCAACAAGCAAAGGCCUGAGAGACUCAUGAGUAGGCUAAAGAGUAUGUCCGAUGAUUCUGCUCCACGCGUCACCGUUAUCCGUCAACCGAAAGGACCCGAUGGAACAAAGGGAUUUAAACCACGUUCCCCCAGAAGCUUAACCAAUGGGAAUUAACUUUGUGUUUUCAAGUUACCGACACAAUCAAUGGGAAUCUCAAUGUUAAAUGUUGAACUGAAGGGGGAUUCUUUUGAUUCUACCCAUUCAGGAUAUGAAACUAAUGUUGGGGGAAGUAAUUGGGGCGGGGGCGUCAUACAGAAUUCGGAACUAAUCGUCAAAAUAAGAUUGUGGACAUGUCAUUAUCUUCUCAUACAUGUUGAAAUUAUGAGCUAGUCUAUAGUAAUCCAAUGCUUAUGGCGCACCUGUAUGAGAUGAUAGGGAUAAA